AUGGCUGGGCCCUUCGCCGUGCGUGUCCUGGAGUGGGCGGGCGGCGUGGCGGGCGCCUACCUGUCGCGGUGCCCCGCCUGCCCCGCGGUGCCCGACUGCCACUGCGCGGCGUGCCCGACUUGCCCGGCACUGGCUUCGUGCUCGUGCCCGCCGUGCCCGGCGUGCCCGGGCUGCCCGGGCGGGGCCGCCGCGCCGGCAGCGCCGGCCUGGCCCCCGCCGGAGAGCCAGAGCUGCCCCGCGCCGACGGAGGUCGAGCGCGGCGGCGCCCCGGCCUGGGGCGGGCUGGGGCCAGGGUGGUGGCUGGUGUUCGGCGUGCUGCUGGGGUGCCUCCUCGGCGUGCUCGGCCAGGCGGUGGUGCGCGGGGGGCUGAGCUGCGCCAGGCGGCUGACGAAGGGCGAGGAUGGCAGCGGCGCCGCCGAGGGCGAGGGACACUUGUGGCACCAGAGGCUGAUCCUGGGGCUCGUGGGGUUGUCGGAUUCUAGCUGCGUCAUCCUGACCCCGGACGGCGACGUCUACGCGGAGGACUACGGGGACGACAGCGUGGAUGUGGCCGCCGUCCGCUUCUCCGGGGCGUGGGCCGCGGUGCCCGCUGGGGUGCCUCCUGAGCGGGGGGCUGCGCCAGGCGCUGCCGCGGGGGCUCCUGUCGCCGAGUGGCGUGCGGCGAUGGCGGCCGGGCCCUUCCGGUACGGCGACGUCGUGACUGACCACGCGCGGAGCGGGCUGGCCGUCGGCAAGCGUGACAUCCACAUACUCCCGGAUGGCGUCGGGAUCUUCGUCGAGCACGUGGACCCGGCCGACGAGGCCGAGUUCUUCGAUCGGGCGGUCGCGACGGAUGCGCGGAUCACACCGAUCCGCCGCAACCGCCAGGACAGGCGGGAGCGGACCUGGGCGGAGAUGACGGCCGUGCUGAAGCAGGAGAGCUUCGGGGCCGACUGGCAGCUGCCGGGGCCGCGCUCCAGCUUGUGGUGCAUAGAGUUCAUCAACCAGGAGGGGAGUGGGCUGCUGGGCCACCACGAACGUUUCAAGACGGCCUGCCGUCUCGACUGGAACUCGUGGGGGGUCUUCGAGCACUUCAACAUAUGCCAGGCCCUGACCCAGGGGCUGCUGGUGGACCAGCUGGACGGGAGCAACCUGAUCAUGGUCGAGUACCAGUUCCGGCGGCUCCAGACGAUAGAGUUCGGCCACUCCGAGCGGGCGAGGGAGGCGGAGUCGAAGAGCUACCAGGGGAAGAUGUCGUUGGAGGAGCAGCACGCGUUCGCGGGGACCACGAGGGCGUCGGCGACGCUCAUGAUCUGCCCGGAGCUGCUGGACUACGUCCGCACCGAGGUGGAGCGGGAGGCGAAGCUGGCCAAGAACCUGAGAGCAGGUGCUGUUAGCCGGUCGGUGCGGCAGCGGGUUGGCGCGCGUGCUGCUGUGGAGCUGGACUGUGACCGAGCGGUGCGCAGCCUCAACGGGAUGUUCUCGCAUGCGCCUCAGCCGGCUCUUGGCCAGGGCGCGCCAGCCUGUGCUUUCGUCUCGCGCGCCCAGCGCGAGGCCAUCGACUUCGUCGAGGAGUCGGCGCGGGCCCUGGGAGCGCCGCCCCCGGGGCUCACCCCCGCAGAGGCUCUUCGGAAGCUUCGCGUGGCGAGCUGGUACGACGUGGACUCUGCCAAGCUCGGAUCCUACCGCCCCGACGCGAUCUCACUGCCCUCUGGUACGGUUCGGCCGAUUCCGCUGGAGACUCUGUGGGGGAGCGGCGGGAGUGACACCGUGAAGGAUUUUAUAUCACAGAAUUUGCUGUGCUCCGAGAGGGCGAAGCAGCGACUGCAGGGCGUGGGGCUGGAGCGGGCGUACUCUGACCCCGCCUUGCGGCGUCGGGGUGCUUAUGAGGAAUUCAUUCGUAUGUUGCAGGCGCGUGGCCUCGUCGAUUUCGCCGAGUCUGGCAUCGAGUCCGUCGAGGCCUUCUUCGUGGAGAAGAAGGACCAGAGGCUGCGCAUGGUGAUAGACUGCCGGAGGGCCAACGCUUGGUUCGCCGAGCCGGCCGGGGUGAGCCUGUGCACGGGCGAUGCCCUUUCGAGGUUGGAGCUCGGCCUCAACGACGAGCUCCACAUCCAGGGUGCCGACCUCAGCGACGCGUUCUACCACAUGGGCUUGCCUGAGGAGCUGAGGGGGUACUUCUCCUUCCGGCCCGUGCGCGCCUCGGCGGUGGGCCUCAAGCUCCUCGGCGGGAAGCCACUCGGCCGGGGCGCUCUUGUCACGCCGCGGCUGGCCGUGCUGCCGAUGGGGUGGAGCUGGGCGCUGUGGUGGUGCCAGCGCGUGCACGAGCGCACCAGCGUCGAGGCCGGCGCCUGUCCCGAGCUGCGGAUCGCUGACCGCCGGCCGCCGCCGCCGAUGACGCCGGGCGCCCACCUGGAGUACGUCGACAACUUCAUUGCGAUCGGCACCGACUCCGAGUGGGUGGCGGCGCUCGUGCGGCGCGUGUCUGACGCGCUGCGUGCCCGCGGGCUCGUGGUGAAGGCCGAGGACCAUGCUGGUGAGCUGCCUGGUGAGUCGGAGGCGCUGGGGUGGUGCAUUGACCGAGGACGGUGCAUCGUGCGGCCCACGCGGGCCCGGCUGCGGCGUGCGCGCCUGGCCGUUCGCGGUGUCCUCGGCCGUGGCCGUCUUCGGGGACGCGACCUCGAGAAGCUCCUCGGGCAUCUGGUAUUUAUAUCUCUUAUCAAGCGCGAGGGCAUGUCCUUGUUCUGGAGCUGCUACGCCUUUGUCCGCAAGUGCUACGACAAGGAGACCGGACUGUGGCCGGCUGUGCGGCGUGAGCUGGAGUACUGGGACGGCAUCGCACCCCUCUUGUGGCGCAGCCUCCGUUCGCCUUGGACUGACGAGCUCAUCGUGGUCGACGCGAGCGAGUGGGGCAUCGGGGCUUGCGCUGCCCCUGCCCCCGUUUCGCUGGUGCAGAGGCUGGGCCACGUCUCCGAGCGCUGGAGGUGGCGCCAUGGGCUGGCCGGCUCCGCGCCUCGCCGGCACGCGGGGGCCGCGGCGGCCGCCGCCGCGCUGGCGGGCGACCCCGCCGACGCUGCGCCGUGGAUGCUGGGAGCGGAGGCGGUCGCGGCCGCGAGCUUUCCCCCGCGGCAUGCCGGCGGCGACGGGCUGGGGGGGGAGGAUUCCGCCCUCCAUAGUCACAACCCCCAGACCCAGGCCGCCGGCGCAGCCGAGGGGGCCGCCGAGAGCGGGUUCGACGAGGUGCCGCGGGACGUGAUCGAGCUUUUGGAGAGCAUGCCGGUCGCCGAGGCGAGGGCCGUGCUGCACGGGCUCCAGCAUCUCGUGAGGGCCUCGCGGCACCGCGGUCGGCGCGUCGUGGUGCUGGGCGACUCCUUGAGCGCGGCCGGGGCCGUGGAUCGUUUCAGGGGCAGUUCUUGUAAAAUGCUCCGAGCCACUCAGGCCAUCGCCGCCGUCACCCUUGUCACCGCCACUACCCUCCACUACCGCUGGCCGGUGCGGCAGGGCCAGGCGCCGCUGGGCUGCCCGGGAAGCCUGCCGAUGUUGGCGCGGGCGCGGCCGCCCGCGGCGCCGCCGCGCACCCCGACGGCCUCGGCGACGCUGACCCGGUCUACGUUCAGGCGGCGUCGGGUGGCGGCGACUGCGGCGGCGGCUGCGCGCCGGCGCUCCGCUGCCGUGCUGCUGCCGGGCCUGAGCGUGCUGGAGACGGGGUCGAUCACGGCGGCGACGCGGGCGCAGUACGUGGAGGCCUUCGACGGCUUCCAGGCUUGGAUGGCACGGCGGGGCGUGCAGCCCACGACGCUGGACGACUACGACGAGCAGCUGGUCCUCCGCCUGGACGAGCUCUACCUGGACGGCGAGGGGAUCGGGGCCGGGCAGAAGCUCUUCGCGUCGGUGCUCUUCUUCCUGGGGCUGACGAAGGCGGCGGGCUCGCCGAUGGCACGAGCGCGGCGGGCGCUGCGCGGGUUCCGUCGGUUGGCGCCGCCUACCUCGCGGCUCCCACUCCCCUUCGAGCUGCUGGGCGCGCUGGUGAACUACCUCGUGAGCGUCUCGAAGCUCGAGGCGGCGCUCGUGCUGUGGCUGAGCUUCGAGCUGUACCUGCGCCCGAGCGAGCCGUACCACAUCCGGGCCACCGACUUGGUUCGCCCGGCUCGCGGCCGCCUGGGGCACGACAGCUGGAGCGUGACUCUGCACGCCGCCGAGACGGAGGUGCUCUCGAAGACCGCCGAGUACGACGAGGCGCUGAAGCUGGACCUACCGCGGCAGGAGCUGCUGGGCCCGGCGCUGGAGGCCUCAGUGGCCGCGCGGCUCGGCCCCGACUGGCGGAGGCCUCGCCCCGCGGCAGCGCGCGGCGCCGCCGCGGGCGGCCGCGCGAGCGGCGCGGCCCCGGAGCCUCUGCUGUUCGUGAUCACGCAGCGCGAGGUCUCGAGCGCCCUCUCGGGCGCCGCCAGGGCCCUCGGGAUCGAGAAGUUCCUGCCCGGCCUGCACCCUUACAUGCUCAGGCACGGGGGCGCGUCUCACGACUACGGCAGCAAGGCCAGGUCCCUCGUCGACGUCCAGCGCAGAGGCCGGUGGCAGUCGUGGCAUUCGGUCCGCCGAUACGAGAAAGGCGCUCGCCUGUCGCAGGUGCUGCAGAUGGUGCCCGCUGCGAUGCAGGUGUUCAGCGGGUCCGGGCGCCUGGGACGGGCGAUCGCCGCUGAAGGGCUGCCCGUCCUGCUCUGGGACAUCUGCCUGGGCCCCGAGUAUGACCUGCUGAGCCCGCAGAAGCGUGGGCUGAUUCGGUCCUGGGUUCGGAGCGGCCUCGUGAUUGGCAUCCACCUCGGGACGCCCUGCAACACGUGGAGCCGCGCGCGGGACAUCCCGCCCGGGCCGAUGCCGCUGCGGAGUGACUCCUUCCCUCUUGGCCUUCCCGACUUGAGCGUCAAAGAUCAGGCCAAAGUUGAUGCAGGCAACGUUUUCAUGAUUUUCAGCGCUGGCCUCAUGCACGAGGCCAUCAGGGCCAACAUCCCAGCUAGUAAUGAGAAUCUUCAGACGAGCCGACUUUGGCUCGCCCCCCCUUUCGUCCGCCUGCUGCGCUCGUCGGCCGUCACCUUCACUGUCACGCAUUUCUGUCAGUGGGGAGCGCCGUGGCGAAAGGCCACGGCCUUCGCCACAGUCAACCUCGAUAUGAGUCGCAUCGGUCGUGCGCUGUGCAAGUCUUCCAAGAGAGGAGUUUGUUCCCGCACUGGCCUGCCGCACGCCCAGCUGCAUGGAAAAAACGUGGAGCGCGUCUUUAAAACCAAGCUGGCCGAGGACCCGGUGCUGCGGCGCGAGUUCUAUUUCAUUUCCCCGCAGAUGUCCGAGGGUUGCUUGGAGACGGCUGACAUGGGGAAGAUCAUGGGCGAAGGUGGCGUCAAGUCGGCCAAAGCUUUGGCAUGGGCAGCUGGCAGCAUGGGGGAGCUGCGCAGCGGCAGCGGCAGAUCUGGCGCGAACCCUGCGAAGCUGGAGAAUUCCUUUGUGGCCGACCAUCCACGCUGCCAAGGGUGCCAGGGCAAGCUCGCGAAGACGAAGGCGCCCCGCGCCAAGCGCCACAAUCGCGCCAAUAACGCCAAGGAGGCGGACAAAUGUCAAUGGGAGACCUGGGCGACGGAGGCAGACGCGACCCUCGAGAGCGCAACUGCGCGCGAGGAGGCGGUGGAGCUCCUGAUCGAGAACGCGGCAGUGACGCGCGAGACAAACGAGAAGAAAGAGGGUUACAGUAAUCUCAAGGAGGAGCUCGCGGCCACGAAGACCACCGCAGAGCAUCGCCUGGGCGGCAACAAACUUGCGAACGAGAGAUCUUCGCGCCACGCGGAAGCCGCCAGCGGGAUCGCGGAGGAGGCCGCGGAGGACUGCGCGGAGGCGUCGCCCGCGCCCUCCGACGGCGAGAACGUCGCCGAGGAGGAGCCCGCCGUGCGGUCGUGCCUCGGCGCGCUGAAGCCGCGCCACGUCACGGCCGCGGUGCCACAGCCUGCUUCCUGGGGCGCCGCAGGGGCCGAGACGCAGGACCGAGUGAGGGAGCGCAGGCUACUGAGCAGCAGCGACGCCACAGACGGCGGACUGGAGCGCCCGGAUGGCGUGCCAGUGCCAGUCUGUUGCCGCGCCCUGGGCGGCGAGGGCAGGAAAAGCCCAGCAGGCACCCUGCUCAGCCGAGGUGCUGAGUGGCACUACCUGCCCAAGGGCGUCAAGAGCACCAAGACAUUUCCGAUCGGAAUACUUCUCCAGUUAGGGAAGAAGCGCAUCGCGUUCCACAUUUGGAUGCGCGAGCCGGGUCCUCGUUUGCCUCUGGUCUCAUCCGUCAACACGGUGGCUCAAAGCAAAGCAGGGCGUCGGGCCUCUCGCAUGGCUGGGCCCUUCGCCGUGCGUGUCCUGGAGUGGGCGGGCGGCGUGGCGGGCGCCUACCUGUCGCGGUGCCCCGCCUGCCCCGCGGUGCCCGACUGCCACUGCGCGGCGUGCCCGACUUGCCCGGCACUGGCUUCGUGCUCGUGCCCGCCGUGCCCGGCGUGCCCGGGCUGCCCGGGCGGGGCCGCCGCGCCGGCAGCGCCGGCCUGGCCCCCGCCGGAGAGCCAGAGCUGCCCCGCGCCGACGGAGGUCGAGCGCGGCGGCGCCCCGGCCUGGGGCGGGCUGGGGCCAGGGUGGUGGCUGGUGUUCGGCGUGCUGCUGGGGUGCCUCCUCGGCGUGCUCGGCCAGGCGGUGGUGCGCGGGGGGCUGAGCUGCGCCAGGGCGAGGGAGUGGGCCUUCGUCCUGUACGCCGACGACGAGCACUUGUGGCACCAGAGGCUGAUCCUGGGGCUCGUGGGGUUGUCGGAUUCUAGCUGCGUCAUCCUGACCCCGGACGGCGACGUCUACGCGGAGGACUACGGGGACGACAGCGUGGAUGUGGCCGCCGUCCGCUUCUCCGGGGCGUGGGCCGCGGUGCCCGCUGGGGUGCCUCCUGAGCGGGUGUGCCGCUUCAGGCAGCAGCCGACAGCUCAGGAGCGGGCGCGGGCGCUGGCUGACGCCCAGGCCGAGGCCCAGGCCGAGUGCCAGCGGAUCGCCGCCGCUCGGGGCGAUCCGGGGCUGCUGGCGAACCUCGUCUUCUUGCGGCCGCUGCCGGUGCCGGGCGGGGCUGCGGCUGCGCCGCGGGCUCCUCGCAUCGGGCCUCUGCAGGGGGCUGCGCCAGGCGCUGCCGCGGGGGCUCCUGUCGCCGAGUGGCGUGCGGCGAUGGCGGCCGGGCCCUUCCGGUACGGCGACGUCGUGACUGACCACGCGCGGAGCGGGCUGGCCGUCGGCAAGCGUGACAUCCACAUACUCCCGGAUGGCGUCGGGAUCUUCGUCGAGCACGUGGACCCGGCCGACGAGGCCGAGUUCUUCGAUCGGGCGGUCGCGACGGAUGCGCGGAUCACACCGAUCCGCCGCAACCGCCAGGACAGGCGGGAGCGGACCUGGGCGGAGAUGACGGCCGUGCUGAAGCAGGAGAGCUUCGGGGCCGACUGGCAGCUGCCGGGGCCGCGCUCCAGCUUGUGGUGCAUAGAGUUCAUCAACCAGGAGGGGAGUGGGCUGCUGGGCCACCACGAACGUUUCAAGACGGCCUGCCGUCUCGACUGGAACUCGUGGGGGGUCUUCGAGCACUUCAACAUAUGCCAGGCCCUGACCCAGGGGCUGCUGGUGGACCAGCUGGACGGGAGCAACCUGAUCAUGGUCGAGUACCAGUUCCGGCGGCUCCAGACGAUAGAGUUCGGCCACUCCGAGCGGGCGAGGGAGGCGGAGUCGAAGAGCUACCAGGGGAAGAUGUCGUUGGAGGAGCAGCACGCGUUCGCGGGGACCACGAGGGCGUCGGCGACGCUCAUGAUCUGCCCGGAGCUGCUGGACUACGUCCGCACCGAGGUGGAGCGGGAGGCGAAGCUGGCCAAGAACCUGAGAGGGCGGGGCCGCCCCCCGCUGGUGGCCGCAGUUUUGACGCGGGUGACGACCGACAUGUUCCUCGCGACCUUUUUCCUCUGCCACGUCGGCCAGUCGGCGCUUUCUCCGGAGAGGCAGGUGCUGUUAGCCGGUCGGUGCGGCAGCGGGUUGGCGCGCGUGCUGCUGUGGAGCUGGACUGUGACCGAGCGGUGCGCAGCCUCAACGGGAUGUUCUCGCAUGCGCCUCAGCCGGCUCUUGGCCAGGGCCAUCGACUUCGUCGAGGAGUCGGCGCGGGCUCUUCGGAAGCUUCGCGUGGCGAGCUGGUACGACGUGGACUCUGCCAAGCUCGGAUCCUACCGCCCCGACGCGAUCUCACUGCCCUCUGGUACGGUUCGGCCGAUUCCGCUGGAGACUCUGUGGGGGAGCGGCGGGAGUGACACCGUGAAGGAUUUUAUAUCGCAGAAUUUGCUGUGCUCCGAGAGGGCGAAGCAGCGACUGCAGGGCGUGGGGCUGGAGCGGGCGUACUCUGACCCAGCCUUGCGGCGUCGGGGUGCUUAUGAGGAAUUUAUUCGUAUGUUGCAGGAGCGUGGCCUCGUCGACUUCGCCGAGUCUGGCAUCGAGUCCGUCGAGGCCUUCUUCGUGGAGAAGAAGGACCAGAGGCUGCGCAUGGUGAUAGACUGCCGGAGGGCCAACGCUUGGUUCGCCGAGCCGGCCGGGGUGAGCCUGUGCACGGGCGAUGCCCUUUCGAGGUUGGAGCUCGGCCUCAACGACGAGCUCCACAUCCAGGGUGCCGACCUCAGCGACGCGUUCUACCACAUGGGCUUGCCUGAGGAGCUGAGGGGGUACUUCUCCUUCCGGCCCGUGCGCGCCUCGGCGGUGGGCCUCAAGCUCCUCGGCGGGAAGCCACUCGGCCGGGGCGCUCUUGUCACGCCGCGGCUGGCCGUGCUGCCGAUGGGGUGGAGCUGGGCGCUGUGGUGGUGCCAGCGCGUGCACGAGCGCACCAGCGUCGAGGCCGGCGCCUGUCCCGAGCUGCGGAUCGCUGACCGCCGGCCGCCGCCGCCGAUGACGCCGGGCGCCCACCUGGAGUACGUCGACAACUUCAUUGCGAUCGGCACCGACUCCGAGUGGGUGGCGGCGCUCGUGCGGCGCGUGUCUGACGCGCUGCGUGCCCGCGGGCUCGUGGUGAAGGCCGAGGACCAUGCUGGUGAGCUGCCUGGUGAGUCGGAGGCGCUGGGGUGGUGCAUUGACCGAGGACGGUGCAUCGUGCGGCCCACGCGGGCCCGGCUGCGGCGUGCGCGCCUGGCCGUUCGCGGUGUCCUCGGCCGUGGCCGUCUUCGGGGACGCGACCUCGAGAAGCUCCUCGGGCAUCUGGUAUUUAUAUCUCUUAUCAAGCGCGAGGGCAUGUCCUUGUUCUGGAGCUGCUACGCCUUUGUCCGCAAGUGCUACGACAAGGAGACCGGACUGUGGCCGGCUGUGCGGCGUGAGCUGGAGUACUGGGACGGCAUCGCACCCCUCUUGUGGCGCAGCCUCCGUUCGCCUUGGACUGACGAGCUCAUCGUGGUCGACGCGAGCGAGUGGGGCAUCGGGGCUUGCGCUGCCCCUGCCCCCGUUUCGCUGGUGCAGAGGCUGGGCCACGUCUCCGAGCGCUGGAGGUGGCGCCAUGGGCUGGCCGGCUCCGCGCCUCGCCGGCACGCGGGGGCCGCGGCGGCCGCCGCCGCGCUGGCGGGCGACCCCGCCGACGCUGCGCCGUGGAUGCUGGGAGCGGAGGCGGUCGCGGAUUCCGCCCUCCAUAGUCACAACCCCCAGACCCAGGCCGCCGGCGCAGCCGAGGGGGCCGCCGAGAGCGGGUUCGACGAGGUGCCGCGGGACGUGAUCGAGCUGCCCUGGCGCACCGUGGGGCGCCACCGCUGGCGCUGGCCGGAGGAGAGCAUGCCGGUCGCCGAGGCGAGGGCCGUGCUGCACGGGCUCCAGCAUCUCGUGAGGGCCUCGCGGCACCGCGGUCGGCGCGUCGUGGUGCUGGGCGACUCCUUGAGCGCGGCCGGGCCGCUGCUGCCUCGGACCAAGGCCGGUGCGGCAGGGCCAGGCGCCGCUGGGCUGCCCGGGAAGCCUGCCGAUGUUGGCGCGGGCGCGGCCGCCCGCGGCGCCGCCGCGCACCCCGACGGCCUCGGCGACGCUGACCCGGUCUACGUUCAGGCCUCCGGGGACGUCGAGGCCGCCGCUGCCCUCGGGCCCGGCGUGCUGGAGACGGGGUCGAUCACGGCGGCGACGCGGGCGCAGUACGUGGAGGCCUUCGACGGCUUCCAGGCUUGGAUGGCACGGCGGGGCGUGCAGCCCACGACGCUGGACGACUACGACGAGCAGCUGGUCCUCCGCCUGGACGAGCUCUACCUGGACGGCGAGGGGAUCGGGGCCGGGCAGAAGCUCUUCGCGUCGGUGCUCUUCUUCCUGGGGCUGACGAAGGCGGCGGGCUCGCCGAUGGCACGAGCGCGGCGGGCGCUGCGCGGGUUCCGUCGGUUGGCGCCGCCUACCUCGCGGCUCCCACUCCCCUUCGAGCUGCUGGGCGCGCUGGUGAACUACCUCGUGAGCGUCUCGAAGCUCGAGGCGGCGCUCGUGCUGUGGCUGAGCUUCGAGCUGUACCUGCGCCCGAGCGAGCCGUACCACAUCCGGGCCACCGACUUGGUUCGCCCGGCUCGCGGCCGCCUGGGGCACGACAGCUGGAGCGUGACUCUGCACGCCGCCGAGACGGAGGUGCUCUCGAAGACCGCCGAGUACGACGAGGCGCUGAAGCUGGACCUACCGCGGCAGGAGCUGCUGGGCCCGGCGCUGGAGGCCUCAGUGGCCGCGCGCGGCGCGGCCCCGGAGCCUCUGCUGUUCGUGAUCACGCAGCGCGAGGUCUCGAGCGCCCUCUCGGGCGCCGCCAGGGCCCUCGGGAUCGAGAAGUUCCUGCCCGGCCUGCACCCUUACAUGCUCAGGCACGGGGGCGCGUCUCACGACUACGGCAGCAAGGCCAGGUCCCUCGUCGACGUCCAGCGCAGAGGCCGGUGGCAGUCGUGGCAUUCGGUCCGCCGAUACGAGAAAGGCGCUCGCCUGUCGCAGGUGCUGCAGAUGGUGCCCGCUGCGAUGCAGGACCACGCAGCGCGGUGCGCCGACUCGCUCGGCGCGAUCGUGUCUGGCCGGCGCUGCCCAUUUACGCCUCCCUGA